AUGAAAUUCCUGACUGUAUUCGCUCUCCUGGUGGCGGCCGUGGCUGCUGACUACAGCCACUGGUCUCUGCAUGAGCUCUCCGAGGCCAUCCAGAACCCUAACACUGACCCCGCUCUGCUGCCCGCCUUGGAGGAUGCCCUCAACCAAAUGAUGGACCAAAUCUUCGCUGAGAAACCCGUGGUACCUGCUGACGCCAACGCCCCCGUUGACCUGACUGGAUGGACCCUCCACGACCUGGUUGCCGCUAUGGAGAACCCUGAGACCGACCCCGCUCUCAUGCCCUACCUCGAGCACGCCCUCAACGAAAUGAUGGAUGCUAUCUACGCUGGUAUCCCCGUGGAAGCCGUCGGUGUUCCCCCCGUAUCCAUGGAAGUCUCCCACUGGACUCUUCCUGAGCUUUCUGAAGCCCUCCAGAACCCUGAGACCGACCCUGCUAUGAUCCCCUACUUGGAACAUGCUCUUAACCAGAUGAUGGAUGCUCUUUACGCUGGACACGAAUUGGAAUCUAUCGCCAUCGUUGCCCCUGCCGGUCUGGCCCCUGCCAAGCCCGACAUCGUCAACCCUGUGCCCAUGCCCAUGCCUGUUGUAGAGCCUGCAGAACCAGCACCCAUUGAGACCCCCGUCCUCCCCGAACCUGCCCCCGUACCUUCCAGCCCCCUUGUCCAGAUCAUCGUCAACAUCAACCAGCAAUAA